GGUAACAAUGGAAUCGAAAAAAAUCAACAAAACGAUAAAAUUACUCAAAAAAUGCUACAACCAACCAAUAAUAUUUCAAAUAUUGCACAACCAUCUCUCCUUCCUUGUACAAGACGAGUACAAAUUUCCGUUUCAUCUCUAUCCCGAUAUGUUUUCGAAAAUACUGAUUGCAUCGACAAGCUCACAAGCGUAUAUAAAUUUGGACAGCAAAAUUUUGGUUUUCUUGAAGGAAUGCAGGGAAAGUGCAAAGUACUCGCUGAUUAUCAGAUACAAAAUGAAAAUUAUCCUUUAUUAUCUGAUAAACCAACCUUACGAUAUGUUCAACAAAUUCAUUUGCUUUGAAAUUAUCAAUAAUUAUUGUAAAGUACCGGAGUUGGAAUGUUUGAUCGCUGAUUAUAUCAGAAAAUAUGCGUUGGCCAACUUUUUUGAAGUAAAACUGAAGAAGCCGAUGCCUGCUGAAUAUUUAGACUUGUAUUUACGAAAGAGUGUGAGCGACAACAUUAAUUUAAGAAUGAAACUUCUGCCUUUGUGUGCAGUGCAUGCUCACAAAGGGAUCAGUUUAAACGAUUUUAACUUUGAUUACAACGUGCAGAGUACCGUUUUACUGGAGGCGCUGACCUUUUACGCUAAGUUUACAGAGAAGGUUCUCGAUAUAAAACACAUCUUGCCCUCGAACGAUAAUUUCGUUCUUUUUUUCAAAAUAUUUUUGAACAGAGAAAGAACACAGGGCAGAAACGCUGAAAACCAGAAUAGUACGGUGUUUAAGGAAUUGGAUUAUCGCAAAUUAAUGAUUCGUGAUAAUUUGUUAUUCAAAUCUUUAAAAGAAGAAUUUUUAUUAACUGAAGAUAAGAAGAAAUAUUUGUGCGAGCUUAAGAAGGUGGUCAUUGAGUUAGAAAAAACGUGCAAAGGAUUUAGCACCUGA